CCAGAGGGAUGUUCUGCCUCUUGUGCCCCUCGACCAUUCUUACAAGCACGUGCCCUGGAGGACAAUUCAGGAGUCCCCAGGUACCAGCAAAGGAGGGAUGUGAGGGAAGAGAUGAUGGCGGUGAAAGGAACUCAUGGACUGUCAAUCUUGAUCUCCCCGAUACCAACGCGCUCCCCUGCCAGCCAGCCCGGCCCCGCCGCCUCCGCAGUGCAGAGCCCCGACCGCCGCCGCGCUGCCGCCGCUCUCGCCUGCCCUCGGCAUCCAGCCCGCCCCCGGCGAGAGCCCGAGCGGCGCCGGCGCAGGGCUCAGCCCCGGGGCGGAGCUGGCGGAGGAGGGCAGGGGAGGGAGAGGAAGGCAGAGGAGGGAGAGGAGGCGGAGAGGAGGCGGCCCGUGCGGAGCAGAGAGCCGGGGCUGGCGGGGGCAGCGAGGCGCGGGCGGCGGAGCGGCGGGAUGCGGCGCUGGCGGGGCGCGGGGCUGGCGGCGCUGGCCGCGGUGCUGCUCGUGGCUGCGGGCAGAGCCCAGGUGCAGCAGGAGCCGUUGGCACAAACCCCCGAGGGCACGGAAAUCACCAUCAACUGCUCACACCCGACCAUACGGACUGGUUACUAUAUCCACUGGUACCGUCAGCUCCGGGGCCGAGGCCCCCAACUCCUCGCACUUAUUGUUCAAGGCUCCAAAGAGCUGCCGGACAAGGCGGGCCAGGUGUCGGUGUCGCCAGACCGUCGCUGGAGCACCCUCUGUCUCUCCGGGCCCCGUGUUGGGGACGCGGCGGUGUAUUACUGCGCCGUGGGAGACACGGCCAGAGGAGCCGGGGCUGCGGCCGGGCACGAACCGCCGCGGGCGGGGCCGGGCGGGGCCGGGGGCACAGCGCCGGCCGGGGCCAGCAGGGGACAUGCUGCAAAUCCCACCUGAGCUCAGGUUCACUGACACCAUUGUCUUUGGAGCUUUUCAUUGUGUCUACAGCUGAGCAAAGAAACAUCCCUGCGAAAAUGGCAUUUCACUCCUACCUAAAGCACAGGCUUGAAUGUCUGGGUGCCAAGUGACAUACACAGCACAGCACAAAUCUGGGCAUACUCCAGUCAGCUGCAAUGUGUGUCCCUGACUCCUCCUGAGAAAUUCUCCUGGAUACUCUGAUCCACUCCAGGCAGGCACUGAGAUUCACCGAUUCAUGAAGACCUUUUUUUUGUCUAAGGGGAGAAUUCUGGCCUUGUCCAAAGUGUAGAAAAGGGACAGUCAGAGUCUACAGCGCUUUGAGUGCCACUGAUCAAGGAUCUGAGCACUACAUCUCAGAGGUGUGCUGAAUAAGGUGUGAAGGCAGACACUGUGAUGGAGCGAGGUACAGACAGGCCAGACCGAGUGUUAGAGGUGGUGAGAGAGGAGACAAAAGUAGCAAGAAAGGAGAGACUUUCAGCCAUGUGGCCCUGCGGUCAGGAAGGAUGGUUGCAGGUUUAUUCUCUCAGUUCAGAUGCAGACUCCUCACCUUCCUGUAAAAGUGUUAUCUCUGCCCUGAUGCCUAAGAAGGCAGAACCAUGUCAGCAACCCCUAGGAGGGUAAGCUUGAUGCUGCUUUUCCACUGGGAAGACUGUGACAGCCUCAUGACCCUCCACUUCCCUAGAAAUCUCCUUUUACACCAGGAGGAUGUGCAGCACUUCCAUGAGGACCAUCUCCCAGUGCCCCUCUGCUGUUUCCUCAAAGUGGAAGUAACAGCAGCCUAGUCCAAUAUCGCUGGUCACCCACAGGACACUCGUACAGCCCAGCAGGAAACAAGAGCAAGAAGAGGUUGUAAAUCUGGGAAGGACGAUCUGGAGCAUGUGGGGGUGCAGUAGCGGUGGGGAAGGAUGAGCUCUGCAGUGUGAAGUGGAGUGGUGUGGGCCAAGGCGGUAGGAGAGCAGAGGCUCUUUUCCAUACUGCCUCCCCCUUCUUGUGUCCCCGAGGGGCCACGGCCCCGGGGGGGCCGGGGCGGGUCUGUGGGGUCGGGCAGAGGCGCCGGCGCUGCCCCGGCGAGGCGGGGCCGGGCAGGAGCGGCCCGAGCGCGGCUCCGCUCGGCUCGGGGGCGGCUCCCGCGGAGCCCUCGGCCGCGGCCGGGCACGAUGUCGGCCGGGCUGGGGCCGUGGCUGCUGGGCUUGGCCUUGGCCUUGGGGCCGGCAGGGCUGUGGGCACAGUGGAGGCUGGAGGAGCCAGUGGAGGGCAACGAGCUCCCGAGGAGUCCGUGCUCCUCUCCCGCCACGGCUCCGGAUUCAGCUUCGGGGGUUACAGAAUUCGAUGGUACCGUCGGGCACCGGGAGGCGGCCUCGAGUGGGUGUCUUCCAUCAGCUCCUCGGGCAAUGUAACGAAGUACGGGGCAGCAGUGGAGGGUUGAGCCACAGCCUCCCGGGAUGGUUUCCAGCCUCAAUCAUCUCUGUCUCUGCAGGCCCUGCACCCCCAGGACUCUCCCCGAUACUUCUGUACCUUUGCAUGGAGACAGGAAACCCAGAUGAACUUUAACACAAACCUGCUGGGGCCCAGCACAGGGUGUGUUAGAUGUGGGGAAGGGGAGAGUUGCCAGGGGCCAGGAGUGGAUGGCUGCUCCCAAGGAUUC